UCAGAUACUGUUAUUCUUGAAAGAGCAUUGUAGAAUAAGUCAAAUAUGUUAAAACUCUUAAUUAGAUAUGAUUAAACAAAACUGGCGGUUUUACACAAAUAUCUUGACGAUUAUUUUACUUCGAAAUGAAAAUUUUCACAAAAUAAUAAAAAAAUUUAAGUUGAUUAAUUUUUUCGACUAGAGUCAUUUCAAUUUCAUCUAUAUCUCCAAUUCUGAAAUUUAUUAUUGAUCAGAUUUCAAAAUUCAUCUGUCAAAACCCUUUUCUCGUUAUUUGAAAUAAUUCGUAGUGAAUAUUCUCUGACACAAUUUCAUAUUUGACGCAAAGUAAAAUAUUUAGCAACAAUGAAAAAACUGCAAGUAGGAAAUGGUACGGAAAAAUGGAGUAUCAUAAUUAUUCAGACGUUUGAGAGAUCAUUUUUUCCCAUUUCGCGAAUUUCCAACCGAAUCUCGCUGGUCAUUUUUCAUGCCAUCAUGGUGAUAAAGUCCACAAAGGCUAAUACUAAUCAAAUAGUUGAAAAUUCUGAAAAUUCCAAACAUUGUUAACUCUACUGUUGACGUUUAUAUUAUCACCCUUGUUUAUAACACUUAUUUUUAUCAAUAUCUGAAAGAUUCGCUCACAUAAGCCUCCUUUAUGCAGACAUUGCAUCAGAAAUUCUCAUGAAUUUUGCAGAAAAUCUUUUACAUUAUAAUUUCACAUUCAUUUUCCACAUUGAAAACAAUUAAAAACGCUGCGCUAGAGUCAAUCCUCAUUUAAACUUUAGUAAAAAUAAUGUCUACCGAGCUUCUUAAUAUGAUUAGAAAUCAAUGAAAGCUCGAAAAAUAAAUAAAUUGAAUGGUUAAUAACCAUUUUUUAUGAUUUUAAGGAGUUUAUAAUUUUUCUGUGCAAACUUCGAAUAUCGUUUUUUAUUUGUCCUAUCCCAUUUUGUUCGUCCCUCUGUUAUCUGACCUCUACAUUAUUUUUAAUUACAUAUCUUAAGAUAUACCGCAGCUCAAGGUAAUAUGGACACCAAGAUUGAAUAAAGCUGGAAAAUUGAAAAAAAAAUGUCUGUCACAACCCAAUUUUGAAAUGCGAUAACAUAUUAUAAAAUAAGAAUAGAGACGAAAUGAUUGGGGGUCCAGAUGACGUAGGAUGAAAAAAGAAUCGGCGUCACUGUCCCACCCGUCAGAUGUGAAACACCCCUUCUAUGUGUGGAGGUAGAAGCUUUUAUAGGUAUAAAGGAGCUUCCCGACAGCAUAAAAGAAUGCAAGAACCUGCGUUCCCUCGACCUCUCAGUGAAUCCAUUCGAACGCUUCCCAGACGCCAUAACGCACAUAGUAGGUUUGCGCGAGAUAUACAUAAACGACGCAUACAUAGAGUAUCUUCCAGCCAACUUUGGUCGUCUUUCAUCUCUUCGCACAUUAGAGUUACGUGAGAACAAUAUGAUGACUCUACCGAAGAGUAUGAGUCGUCUGACAAAUCUACAGAGGCUCGACAUUGGUAACAAUGAUUUUACCGAGCUGCCCGAGGUAGUCGGCGAUUUGACAAAUUUAACUGAGCUGUGGAUCGAUGGAAACGAUAUUCGUCGCAUACCAGCAAAUAUCGAGCAGUUGUACCGAUUGAAUCAUUUCGAUUGUACGAUGAAUGCUGUUCAUGAAUUACCAUCGGAGAUCCAAGGCUGGCGUGACAUAUCAAUCAUUAAUUUUUCAUCAAAUGAACUUUACCAGUUACCAGAUACAUUGUGUUAUCUACGCACAAUAGUGACCCUUAAAAUAGAUGAUAAUCAAUUGAAUUCACUGCCAGAUGACAUUGGACAAAUGUCUAAUUUGGAGGAACUUAUUGUGACUAAAAAUUUUUUGGAGCAGUUACCAUCGUCAAUUGGUCUGCUACGUAAACUACACUGUUUAAACGCUGACAAUAAUUAUCUACGUGCAUUACCAUCUGAAAUUGGUAGCUGUUGUGCACUAUCACUCUUAUCAUUGAGAUCAAAUAAUAUAUCGGGUGUUCCUCCGGAACUGGGACACUUGUCUUCAUUGCGUGUACUCAAUCUUGUUAAUAAUUGUAUACAAUUCUUGCCGGUUUCCAUGCUCAAUUUGACCAAUCUCAAGGCACUCUGGUUGAGUGAUAAUCAGAGUCAACCUCUUGUUCCUCUUCAGCAGGAGUUCAAUAGGGAUGAAGAUAUGAUGGUAUUGAGCUGUUUUAUGCUACCCCAGAAACAGAGGAAAGAACUUGAACAAAUGGAACAAGCCGUGGGACCAAUUUCUGGUUCCAUCGUUGGAACGGGAAGGAGAAUAUGUUUUGCUGCUGAAGUCGAUACCGAGGUCCCUAGACAACUUCAUCGUGCACCAACCCCUUACCCAAAAGAGCUUCGUAAUCUCGCGAGACACGCACGCAAUCUCCAACAUCAGUCUCUGCAUGAUCAAAGGAUCCACCUUGAGAGAGAUGGAUUAAUAAAGGAAGCAGUAGUAGCGAAAUCUAGUCCAUCCCUCAACCUCUCUAACUCCCAGCUCCAUCCUUUAUCCUCCAUUCCCUCCUCACCAAAAUGCCACGAAGACCCCUUAGAAGAAUCAAAUCAACCCGUGCUGGCGCAGGAAAAGAGCCCUGAAAUUCGAGAAGCCAAGUGCGUUAGGAAUCCAGGAUCUGAAUACCUCUCACGACCCCCAACAAUUGCGGACUACGUGAGUUCCACUUGGAAGCCAGAAGAAUAUUCACGAACGAAUACAGCAAAAAUAGUAGAAUCGGAGAAGCUGGCUGAGGCGCAUAAGAAUCCGGAGAGCAGUCCCAGCGAUCAAAGCAAAAGCAAUAACGAUCCUCCCUUAUCACCUCCACCUUAUCACAUUGCCGCUGCAUUUUCCAAGAAGGCUGCCCUCUUUCAACAACUUAAUAGAUGUGAUUUGGUCGAUGAAAUGUCGACACAUUCCCACAAAAUUGACAAUCAUUCACGUAAUUCUUUUAAUGACACUCCUCAAGUACAAUUGUGUCAAAAUAAUAAUCAAAAUAAGAAUGAACAAAUUGAUGGAGAUGUUGGUGGUAGAAUAAUAGAUCAUCCAGUUCAUAAGAAUUUAAUUUUUAAGGAGGAUAGACCCAGUAGGAUUCCUAUUUUGAGGGGAAAAAAUCAUGAAACUGUUUCUGACACUGAGGGUAAUUUCACUGCUGAUGGUAAUUGUAAUUUAGCAUUCAAUGAUUUUGAUGACAAAGACAAAAGUAGUGAGGGGUUUUUGAGUGGUAUUGAGGGAAACUUGUCACCAAUGACGGGACGAAAGUACAGAAGUCCAUUGUCCAGUACGUACAGUCAAUUGCGACACUCCGACAGAGGGAAAAAAAUUAAUGGGAGCUUUAGAGAGGGACUGGAGGGCUUGAGUGGACAGAUUGGGAAUAAUUCGGUUGAAAUGCAGAAUGAGAAGAACUCUGGGAGGAGUACACCAGUGAGGAAUGGCGAGGGAGAUGUCAAUGGAGUAGAGAGAUCGAAACCCAAGGAUGAGGGUAAACCCAAGCUCAAGUGGAUGUUUGGACCACAUAGGAACGUUAAUGUGAUCCCUGUUCAAGUGAGGAAAAACCCAGGUUUGGGAUUCAGUAUUGCAGGUGGAGUAGUGGGAAACGAAACCGGUAUAAUCGUAACUAAAGUGAAUCCUGAUGGUCCAGCGCAAGGUACUCUUCGACCAGGUGACAAAAUUCUCGAAGUCGAUGGUAUUGAUUUCACAAAAUCGGAUCACGAUAGCGCAGUCGCUAUUUUACGCUCAACAGGAGCAGUAGUCACAAUGUUGAUAAGCAGACACCAGUGAAAAUGCACUCAAUUCUUCCACGCAGCUCACCGCCUCCAUCUUCAGGUUUUUACGCUGAACAAUAAAUAAUUAUUCUCCUCAUAUACGUAGACUGAACAUUUAAUAAUAUUCAUCAGUGGUAAAGAAAUAUUAUGGACCAGUUUUUCUAUUAAAAGCUGAGAUUGUGAAAUGAUAAGUGGGUAUUUAGCAGAUAGUUUUGACAAAACAAAUUUCAAAUAUAUUUGGCGAGACGUCGUUUUGUGUAUUAUCAAGACAGUGGUUUCUCGGAAAUUUCCGCUGAAUCUGAUAAUCUUCACCGCAUUUAUAGAAUAGCGUUCCUUUAACUCUUCACUCCAAAAAAAAUCUUAUUUUGAUAUUUUGAAAGUCAAUUUUGAUUUUUCAAUAACAACUUAAGAUUUGAAAGUCCCUAAUUGAGACCUCAAAGUCUGAAUUUGAAACAUUCGAAAAUGUCAACUCCGAACUAUCAAAUUUUAACGAGAAGUUCAUUCUUUGAAUAAACAUUUAUUCAGCAUAUCUAAAUUACAAUAUUAAAUUGUAGAAUCCAUGAAACUUCGAAAAUCAAUUAUUUAUUCUCAUAAGCAUUAUUAUCACUGAUGAACUAUUGUGACUAUAUGGCAAAUGUUGCGGUGAUUUCUCUCAAUUAAAUCUAUCUAAAUUAAAUAUCGAAUUACGGAACGUAGGAGAAAGUUAAAUAGAGUUCUGUAUUAUCCCUCGCUCGGAUAUGAGUUGGAAAAGAGGGAAUCAAGUGGCAAAUAUCGAGGUAAGCCUCGAAAUUGACCCCAGUGAUUUGAGAAAAAAUUGUUUUAGAAUUUCAUUUUUAUAAUCUGGCUCUGAAAGCCUUCAGCAUUUUCAAAUUAAAAGAAGUCAAAUUCAGAAGAAUAAUAAAGAAUAAUUUGAGCCAUUAAAAGCCCAAGCUGACACUUUCGAAAAACUCAUUUUGAGACUUCUAAAGUCUUCAAUUGGAAUGUUCAGAAGUCGGAAGUUGAAGUUGUAUUUUUGGGUGUUCCAUUCACAGUUUAGGUUUCAUCACUAAUCAAAACUAAACAAACACUAUAAAAUCAAACUCAAUCCACAUUAGUCACUUCAUCGGCAGCUAUUUGAACACUCACAUUUUUUAUGCCUUUUGAAAAUGCCAAAAUAUUAGAAAAAUACCAUGAAAAUCCUAAUAACAAAAAAAUGUGAGCGUGGAAAUUAUUGAUUAUAAGGAAAAUUGAUGAGAAAAGAACAGAAAAUAUUGAAGAGGCUGCUAUUUGCCAAGUAAACUUUUCUUCCCUCAAUCAUUGUGAUAAUGUUAUUUAUUUAUGUAAAAAUGCACGUUAUGAAAUCCCUGGGGAUUGAGUACCCGAUCUUUUAAAUUGUCUGUGUUGACAUGACGUGCCGUACUGCAUCGAUUGCGCAGUGAUUGAUGAUAAUAUCAUACCCUGUUAUAAUCUCGAAUUCUCUCUCAUCAAAAUAUCUUGAGGGAAUGCCAACAAUCACUUGGUUCUACUUUACCACGACUUUCUCCUCUCUGAGUAUUCGAUUCCACUGAUUGACUGGAACUAUGCACAAAUGUACCUUCUAUAUUUUUAAUGAAUUCCGAAAUGAGCAAAA